GCAGUGACAGUGCUGGGGGAGUUCGAAGAUGGCGGCGUCGCGUCGCUCUCAGCAUCAUCACCACCAUCAUCAACAACAGCUCCAGCCCGCCCCAGGGGCUUCGGCGCCGCCGCCGCCACCUCCCCCACCAUUAAGCCCAGGCCUGGCCCCAGGGACCACCCCAGCCUCCCCCACGGCUGGCGGCCUGGCCCCCUUCGCCUCUCCCCGGCAUGGCCUAGCGCUGCCGGAGGGGGAUGGCAGUCGGGAUCCGCCCGACAGGCCCCGAUCCCCGGACCCGGUUGACAGUACCAGCUGUUGCAAUACCAGCAGCACAAUCUGUACCGUCGCCGCCGUUCCCGUGGUCCCGGCAGUUUCUGCUUCAUCUGCCGUUGGAAUCGCUCCCAACCCAGCUGGCGGUGGCAGUAACAAUUCACCAUCGUCCUCUUCCCCGACUUCUUCCUCCUCUUCCUCUCCAUCCUCCCCUGGAUCGAGCUUGGCGGAGAGCCCCGAGGCGGCGGGAGUUAGCACCACAACAACAUUAGGGCCUGGGGCAGCGGGACCUGGGCCAGGGGUCCCAGCUGUGAGCGGGGCUUUACGGGAACUGUUGGAAGCGUGUCGCAAUGGAGACGUGUCCCGGGUAAAGAGACUGGUGGACGCGGCAAACGUGAAUGCUAAGGACAUGGCCGGCCGGAAGUCUUCUCCCCUGCACUUCGCUGCAGGUUUUGGAAGGAAAGAUGUCGUAGAACACUUGCUACAAAUGGGUGCUAAUGUCCAUGCUCGUGAUGAUGGAGGUCUCAUCCCGCUUCAUAAUGCCUGUUCUUUUGGCCAUGCUGAGGUUGUGAGUCUGUUACUGUGCCAAGGAGCCGAUCCAAAUGCCAGGGAUAACUGGAACUAUACGCCUCUCCACGAAGCUGCUAUUAAAGGGAAAAUCGAUGUAUGUAUUGUGCUGCUGCAGCACGGAGCCGAUCCAAACAUUCGGAACACUGAUGGGAAAUCAGCCCUGGACCUGGCAGAUCCUUCAGCAAAAGCUGUUCUUACAGGUGAAUACAAGAAAGACGAACUCCUAGAAGCUGCUAGGAGUGGUAAUGAAGAAAAACUAAUGGCUUUACUGACUCCUCUAAAUGUGAAUUGCCAUGCAAGUGAUGGGCGAAAGUCCACUCCUUUACAUCUAGCAGCAGGCUACAACAGAGUUCGGAUAGUUCAGUUGCUUCUUCAGCAUGGUGCUGAUGUUCAUGCAAAAGACAAAGGUGGACUUGUACCUCUUCAUAAUGCAUGUUCAUAUGGACAUUAUGAAGUCACAGAACUGCUACUUAAGCAUGGAGCCUGUGUUAAUGCUAUGGAUCUCUGGCAGUUCACUCCACUCCAUGAGGCUGCUUCCAAGAAUCGUGUAGAAGUCUGCUCUUUGUUGCUUAGCCAUGGUGCUGAUCCUACAUUAGUCAAUUGCCAUGGCAAAAGUGCUGUGGAUAUGGCUCCAACUCCUGAGCUCCGGGAGAGAUUGACUUAUGAAUUUAAAGGUCAUUCUUUACUACAAGCAGCCAGAGAAGCAGACCUAGCCAAAGUUAAAAAAACACUUGCCUUGGAAAUCAUUAAUUUCAAACAGCCACAGUCUCAUGAAACUGCACUGCACUGUGCUGUGGCCUCUCUGCAUCCCAAACGAAAACAAGUGACAGAAUUGUUACUUAGAAAAGGAGCAAAUGUAAAUGAAAAAAAUAAAGAUUUCAUGACUCCUCUGCAUGUUGCAGCAGAAAGAGCUCACAACGAUGUCAUGGAAGUUCUGCAUAAGCAUGGAGCAAAGAUGAAUGCACUGGACACUCUUGGUCAGACUGCUUUGCAUAGAGCUGCCCUAGCAGGUCACCUGCAGACCUGCCGCCUCCUGCUAACUUAUGGCUCUGAUCCCUCCAUCAUCUCCUUACAAGGCUUUACAGCGGCGCAGAUGGGAAAUGAAGCAGUGCAGCAGAUUCUGAGUGAAAGUACACCAAUACGUACUUCAGAUGUUGACUAUCGACUUCUAGAGGCAUCUAAAGCUGGAGACUUGGAAACUGUGAAGCAACUUUGCAGCCCUCAAAAUGUGAAUUGCAGAGAUUUGGAGGGCCGGCAUUCUACACCCCUACACUUCGCGGCAGGCUAUAAUCGUGUGUCUGUUGUGGAGUACCUUCUGCACCACGGUGCCGAUGUCCACGCCAAAGACAAAGGUGGCUUGGUACCCCUUCAUAAUGCUUGUUCAUAUGGACACUAUGAGGUAGCUGAGCUUUUAGUGAGGCAUGGAGCUUCUGUCAAUGUGGCGGACUUAUGGAAAUUUACCCCUCUACAUGAAGCAGCAGCUAAAGGAAAAUAUGAAAUCUGCAAGCUCCUUUUAAAACAUGGAGCAGAUCCAACUAAAAAGAACAGAGAUGGAAAUACACCUUUAGAUUUGGUAAAAGAAGGAGACACAGAUAUUCAGGACUUACUGAGAGGAGAUGCUGCCUUGUUGGAUGCUGCCAAGAAGGGUUGCCUGGCAAGGGUGCAGAAACUCUGUACCCCGGAGAAUAUCAACUGCAGAGACACCCAGGGCAGAAACUCAACCCCUCUGCACCUGGCAGCAGGCUACAAUAACCUGGAAGUAGCUGAAUAUCUUUUAGAGCAUGGAGCAGAUGUUAAUGCCCAAGACAAAGGUGGUUUAAUUCCUCUUCAUAAUGCAGCAUCCUAUGGGCAUGUGGACAUAGCAGCAUUAUUAAUAAAAUACAACACGUGUGUAAAUGCAACAGAUAAAUGGGCGUUUACUCCUCUUCAUGAAGCAGCCCAAAAAGGAAGGACCCAGUUAUGUGCCCUCCUCCUAGCACAUGGUGCAGAUCCAACUAUGAAGAACCAAGAAGGCCAGACACCUUUAGAUCUGGCAACAGCUGACGAUAUCAGAGCUUUGCUGAUAGAUGCCAUGCCCCCAGAGGCCCUACCGACCUGUUUUAAGCCUCAGGCUACUGUAGUGAGUGCCUCUCUGAUCUCACCAGCAUCCACCCCCUCCUGCCUGUCCGCUGCCAGCAGCAUAGAUAACCUCACUGGCCCUUUAGCGGAAUUGGCAGUGGGAGGAGCGUCCAACACCGGGGAUGGUGCAGCGGGCACAGAGAGGAAGGAAGGAGAAGUUGGGGGUCUUGACAUGAAUAUCAGCCAAUUCCUAAAAAGCCUUGGUCUUGAACACCUUCGGGACAUCUUUGAAACAGAACAGAUUACGCUAGAUGUAUUGGCUGAUAUGGGUCAUGAAGAGUUGAAAGAAAUAGGCAUCAAUGCAUACGGACACCGCCAUAAACUAAUCAAAGGAGUAGAAAGACUCCUAGGUGGACAACAAGGCACCAACCCUUAUUUGACUUUUCACUGUGUUAAUCAGGGAACUAUUUUGCUAGAUCUUGCUCCAGAGGACAAGGAAUAUCAGUCAGUAGAAGAGGAGAUGCAAAGUACAAUUCGAGAACACAGAGAUGGUGGUAAUGCUGGUGGCAUCUUUAACAGAUACAACGUCAUUCGAAUUCAAAAAGUUGUCAACAAAAAGUUGAGGGAACGAUUCUGUCACAGACAAAAGGAAGUGUCUGAGGAGAAUCAUAACCAUCACAAUGAGCGCAUGUUAUUUCAUGGUUCUCCUUUCAUUAAUGCCAUUAUUCAUAAGGGAUUUGAUGAGAGACAUGCAUACAUCGGAGGAAUGUUUGGUGCUGGGAUUUAUUUUGCUGAAAACUCCUCUAAAAGCAACCAGUAUGUUUAUGGAAUUGGCGGAGGAACGGGCUGCCCCACACACAAAGACCGGUCAUGUUAUAUAUGUCACCGACAAAUGCUUUUCUGUAGAGUGACCCUAGGAAAAUCCUUUCUGCAAUUCAGCACCAUGAAAAUGGCUCAUGCCCCUCCGGGACAUCACUCAGUUAUUGGGAGACCAAGUGUGAAUGGGCUGGCAUAUGCUGAAUAUGUCAUCUACAGAGGAGAACAGGCAUACCCAGAGUAUCUCAUCACAUACCAGAUCAUGAAGCCUGACGCUCCUUCACAGACUGCGACAGCUGCAGAGCAGAAGACCUAGUGAAUGCCUACCAGUAACGGCCAGAUCGAAUUUAAAUCUGGGACUGGAUUACAAUGGAUUGUUUCCAACAAAAUCAAUAUUCUGUAAAUCCCUGACAGCCUAGAAUAAGCUGUUUGUCUCUUUUAUGAAGCAUUGCUAUAGUGAUGAAUAUAGUAUGAGUAACUGAUACAUACUCAACUGCUACUGUUCCCUUUGAGGAAAUGUUUACAGGGGCGGCCUUUUAAUAUAUCUCAGGCUCACUUUCAUUGCAAUUAUCCAUUUCUAAAAUAAGAUUACUUUGAUCUAGACUUAGAAAUGGGGAAAAAAGAAAACGUAACCAAUACUUUCCCAAAUGUUCACAAUUCACACACUACAUUUGCUUUGUUAUAUAUGGCAUGUGUAUGUAACAAAUACACAGAUGACGGGCUCACUUUUAAUUUUUUCUAAACAUGCAUCAUUGACUUGUUUUCUUUGGUUCUUUUUUUUCUUACUUUGAUAAUGAGCCAGAGCCUUCUUAAGGAUAUUUUGCACAGUCACACUGACUAAAAUCAUUAGCAAUGCAACCCAAGCUUCUGGCUGAGCAAAGACUCAGUUUCCACUUUUUUUUUUUACUUUAAUUUAUUUUAUAUCUGUACUUAUAAACGCAAAUUGAGAUGGAAAGGGAAAAUAUCAAGUUUUUGUUUCCUUGUAUUAAUUGGCCAGUCUUACAAGAGAAAGGCAUAAACAUCAACAUGAUUUAGGAGCUCCCAAGUUCAGAGAAGUCAAAGCCGGUGAGGGCCAUUUGCUCCCUCCGGUACAGGCCUGCUUCAGAGGCAUCAGAACAGUGCUGAAAAGCCAAGAGGAGCACAGCCAGGGAAGAUUUAAGUGACACUAUCAUAGCAGUCAGAGGUAGGACAACUAGGGAGGGCUGUAAAGGAGAAGCAGCAUUAGGACAGGUGAGGAGCUUGUGGUUCUGUACUAUUGCAGCAGAGAAGGACUGCAGGGAUUCCUCAAAGAAAAAACACUUCUCAAUCUGUACCACUGGACUUGUCACCUCCAAAAUAAGCUGCCUUAUUUCCAAAUUUGGUCAAUGAUCGAACUUCAUUGGAGUUACAAAAAUAUUACUUGAUUGUUUCUCUGGGUUAGAAAGCUAGGGUUUAUAUAUUGUUUAGUAGAUAGAUAUGCACAAAUGCAAGAACUUUUUGUUUACUCCAGAUUUGAGAUUUAUUUUGAGUGAGGUGCUUUAAAUAGUUUAUGUAGAUCUCUGCACUAAAUUUUUGAACCAUUUUUUUCAAACUGCUUCAUAGACAAGGAGAACAAAAAUUUGAAACCAAAGCUCUUUUUCUAAAAUGAAAUUGGAGAAAUACCAUACUGUUACUUCAUGAAAUUACUACUUUGUUCUGCUUAUUUAAUCAACGUUCGCCAAGUACACGUUGACACUUGUAAAAAAUUAACCAUUACAGUUCUUACGCCUGCCCUUUUCACCUUAACUGAAUAUUGAGUGCAUUAAUUUAUUUACUUGGACAUUCUAUGCAUCUACUCAGCUUAGAAGCAAAACUAAAAUAAACGCGGUUUAAAAAAUAAGGAAAAACAGUGUGACACAAACUUGCCAUUUCAACUUAAAGUCCUGAAAACUAAUUUAAUUCAGGCUGUUAAAGCUGUGACCUCAUUUAAUCACCUAAAAAAUAAAAUAAAAUGGUUACAUGCAAAAAUUCUAGAAUAGGCUCUUAAAAUUUAUAUUUUGCUUUUUUUCUGGCUUGAAUCCAAUGCUAGAACUAGGCAUCAGGAACUAGUUUGAGUUUAAUAGCUGAAUCUUGCAUGGGUCCUCAAAAUUAAUAAAACAUUAGCCUCAGUUGUUGCUUCUAUUGAAGUUUUAGUGGCCCGAGCUGGGUGUUUGUGUCUUGGCUACUUGUUUAAUAGCACUAGAAUUCCAUAUGAAGCUUCGAAGUUUGAUAUUCAUCCAGAGGGUUUUUUUCCUCCUUCCCUUCUUUUUUGCUGUGUGUAACAAUGGGUUAAAAGAAUUGACAUCUGUGUAGUUAUCAGUAGCUGUGAAAGUGUAUAUAUCUUGCCUCCCCACUUAGAUAUAGUUUUCAAUGGUAAACACAGCUGUGAUUUUUCGUUAAGUAAAGGGGUUAAUAUGGUAUAGAUACCAAAAGUUUUAUAGCUUCAUGAAAAAGAUAAGCCACUACCCAACUGUGGUUAUAUGUCAUUUCCAUCAUACUAACUAGAUUAAUGGUUGUGCCAGUUUUAAACUUCAGCCUUACACUUGAGAAGUUAAACUGUGGUUCAAUAUUUAAACUGCCAAUGUUAUGUAUCGUUCUGUGUGCCGAGUAAAGGUACUAUGUAAGGAAGACUUUUGCAGUGCUUCUUGUCUUGUAAUGAUUCAAGUAUAUAGUAGUUCUUGAAAGAAUGUGUACAUAUUAUUCAUCUGCUAAAGAGAAUGCGUUGAUAUCUCAAAGGAGCCAAAUACAUUUUUGAAAACUUGAAAACCAAAGGUCAUCAGGAGUUCACUCAAGCUGGCAAACGUUGAUUACAUUUGGAAUUUCCAUCUAUAGCAGUGUGAAAAACCCUUUGGAAUAUAAAAGCAUGGCAUUAAAUUAGGCUAAAAUCCAUUUAAUUUCUUGUACAUGCGCUAUAUAGAAACACUAGCAAGUUGAGGACUUCCAGUAUGACCUCCUCUGAACAGGCGCUUCUGGGAUGGAAGAUUGAAUCUGGACACCUCUACCGGCUUUAUGCAGUUCUAAAAUCAAAGGGCUUCUGGAUGUGAUGGUUCCAGUUUACCAGGCAUUGCCAGCCUGAAUACUUGAGUCAGGCAUAAGCUAAGAGCUCUGGAUUGGACACUUCCUCCUUAUACUUGGCUUCCUUCCCUUUUCCCCAGAUUGCUGGUCUGGAAUUAUAAUUAACACCAAUAAUUACCUUCGACCCUACUCAGUUUCCUCCUUUCUUCCUUUUGAGUCUUGCAAAAGGAGACUGUACCUCUCUGUUUCCAUAUCACAAGAACCAGGUAUUAGUCCUCAUGUGCUCUGCUCAAAAGAUUCUGCCACUUUGUUAACAAAUGACAGCAUGGAACUCAGAGUUUUAAUUCUAUGCAAAAUACUAGCAGUACAGCCAAGAUUCUUAUUUACCUUUUCCUUCUCGGAAUUUGCAAUUUCUAGCUUUUCAGUAACAUAAGUAGAAUAUACAAUAUUGGGAUUUUUUCAUGAAAUACCAUCCUUGUGCUCAUUUGAGCUUGAUGUUGUUAGUGGCUAGACUAAUUUCCCUUUGCUCUCAAAAUAGCAAAGUACAUUGGUAUAUACUGAGAAAUGCCUAAAUAUGACAAAUAAGAUUAAUAUAGAUUAAUAUUCUAAUAUAGCCUUUAUACAAAAAAAAAAAAAAAAAAAUUGGCGUAUGCUGGAAGAA